CUCGUGUUUUAUCGAGCGUGUCCUCUUCUCUUGAAUAGGAUUGGUUUCGCUUUGUGCCGUAUUUCGGGCGUUGUUGGCUCCUGAUUGGAAAACUCCACCCUGGUCUAUAUAGACUUGUCCGACCCGUCCUGGUCCAACCCCGCGAUCGAUAUCUGCAACUGCGAUAUCAAUUAUCAAUUUCCAAAUGGCUGCGAAGGCAAAGAUCUUAUUGCUGGGAGGGAUUAAACACGCCCACAACACUUGGGCCUCCCUCUCUUCCGUUGCCCAGAUUAUCACACCGCAGGCCACUAACCGCGAGGCAUUCAUCGCCGAGGCCAAGUCUGGGGCCUUUGACGGCGUCACGGCCGCCUACCGCACCUUUUCCUCCGUCAGCAUCACAGGCCGCAUCGACGCUGAGCUGCUGGGUGCCCUGCCCAAGUCCCUCAAGUUUAUCUGCCACAAUGGCGCCGGCUACGACCAAAUCGACGUGGCCGCCUGCACCGCGCAGUCAAUCCGCGUCUCCAACACCCCCAACGCCGUUGAUGACGCCACCGCCGAUCUGACCAUCUGGCUCCUCAUCGGCGCUCUGCGCAACUUGCCCGCCUCCAUGGCUUCGCUGCGUCGUGGUUCUUGGCGCGGCAACCCCACCCCGCGUCUCGGCCACGAUCCUCAGGGCAAAGUACUCGGGAUUCUCGGCAUGGGCGGCAUCGGACGCAAUGUCGCCCGUAAGGCCCGCGCGUUUGGCAUGUCGGUCAGGUACUAUAACCGCUCGCAGCUAAGCCCCGAGUUAGAGGACGGUGCCGAGUUUGUGGACUUUGAGACGCUGCUCAAGGAGAGUGAUGUGCUGAGCUUGAAUCUCCCUCUGAACCCCAAAACCCGGCAUACAAUCUCCACUCCUCAAUUCGCCCUCAUGAAACCUGGCAUUGUAAUUGUCAACACAGCCCGUGGCGCCGUCAUGGACGAAACAGCCUUGGUACAGGCGCUGGCAGCCGGUCAGGUUGCCAGUGUCGGCCUAGAUGUUUACGAGAACGAGCCUGCAAUUCACCCGGGGCUUGUUGACAACGAAAACGUACUCCUCGUCCCGCACAUGGGCACCUGGACUGUAGAGACGGAGACCAAGAUGGAAGAGCUGGCCAUCGGCAAUGUCCGUCUGGCUGCUGAGGAGGGUAAACUGAAGACCAUUGUUCCGGAGCAGAAGGAAUUGGUAUGACGGACGGCGUGCACAGGUUUCUCGCAGAGUUGGCUGAAUAACGAUUAGAGGGGCGUAACGAGUGAUGUUGAGGCUACUAGGAGGAGUUAAUAGACACCGGUUUCUAUCAUCAGUUUGGAGAGUGGAGCUUCGGGCGAGAUUCGCUUGGAUUGGGUUUACAGCCACGUCACUCAUCUCAUCCAUAAAAAAAAAGAUCAUGUUAGAGAGAAGUUCUUUAUAAUUGAACAUCUACUCUAUCCUUGGCCGCGGUUGACGGGCC